AGUUAGAGAAAAAUGGUAAACACAGGGUUCAGUUUGGUGGUUGUGGGGCUUUUUCUUGUGAGCAGUUCAUCUGCAUCCCUGCUACCUGUGAAAUUUUCUCCUCAAGCUCCUUGGCUUCCUGUAGUGCCACCUUUGCAGCCAGAGACACCUGGUCAGGUUGAUAAAUGCCAAGUACAAGACUAUGAAAGGGUUCCUUGUGGAGAACUUGGCAUAAAUACUACUCAAUGCAGUGCUAUAAAUUGCUGUUUUGAUGGCCAGGCAUGCUAUUAUGGGAAAACAGUGACUAUCCAGUGUACCCUUGAUGGCCAGUUUGUGGUGGUGGUGGCUAGGGACAUAACAGUUCCCAGGAUAAGCUUGGAUUCCAUCAGACUGUUGGGAGGAAAUGCAGGACCCUGUGGUCCUAUUGACUCAAAUACAGCUUUUGUUAUAUACCAGUUUCCUGUAACAGCUUGUGGGACUACCAUGAAGGUACAAGAUGGCUAUGUAGUCUAUGAAAACAAGAUGGUCUGCUCUUCUGAAGUUGGAGUUGGACGCCUUGGCUCAAUUACAAGGGACUCUCACUAUGAGGUUUAUUUCCAGUGUAAAUAUUCUGGUGUUGGCUUUGUGGCUUUGGCUGUUGAGCACUUGGCCAAUCUUGAUCCUCUACCUGUUGUUGCUUCUGGACCAUUCCAAGUAGAAUUAAGACUAGGAAAAGGUUCAUGUGUCACAAAGGGUUGUGCAGAAGAACAAGUAGCCUAUACCUCCUACUACAGUGCUACUGACUACCCUGUGACCAAGGUUCUGAGGGAGCCUGUUUAUGUUGAGGUGCACAUUGCUGGGAGAACUGACCCAAAUAUUGUCCUGGUUUUGGGUAGCUGCUGGGCAACUGCUUCCCCUAACCCCUACAGCCUUCCCCAGUGGGACCUUCUGGUGAAGGGAUGUCCAUACAAGGAUGACCGCUAUUUGACCAAGCUGAUCCCAGUGACUGGGGCCUCUGGACUUGCAUACCCUACCCAUUACAGACGCUUUGUCCUGAAGAUGUUCACAUUUGUGGAGCAGACCUCUGUGACUCCACUGCAAGAGAUGCUCUACAUCCACUGCAGUACAUCUGUCUGUCUUCCAACUGCACAUGACUCCUGUGAACCAAUGUGCACCAGAGGAAGAAGAGAUGUUGCUGCAGCAGAAGGAAGCUCUCCUGGUGCAUCGGCAAUAGUGUCUAGUGGAGGUGUGAUCUUUACCCAAGUUGAGGAUGACUCUCUUUUGCAAUAA